AUGGGCAGCCUCACUUCCCCAUCUCAAGGACUCUCCUUCAGGGAGCUCCCGACCUCCCUUCGUGAGUCUUCUUUGAUUGGGGCCGAAGUUCACCUGCCCUCAUUAAUGGAUGUCCUGGACGUAGACGCGUUGUCAGAAAAAGACCUCGAAACCUUCAGAAGAGCCCUGUUCGAAAACCAGGUCGUGGUCAUCAAGAACCAGACGGGCAUCGCGCCUGAGACUCUGCCUAAGCUGACCAAAGUCUUCGACCCGACUGCGACUGAUAUUCAUUCUGCUGGCGAGAAGGCCGUUAGUGACCCCAGGAAUCUUCUUUCGGCAUACAAAGCAGGAAGAAUUCCAAGAGCACCGCAAGUGGGCAUCAUCGGCAGCGGCAAGUUUAAGAACUAUGAAGGAGUUGAAGAGUUGGAGGUGAUCCAUCUGGAUCAUACUUUGUUUCAUGAGAAGCCUCUGUCGGAGGAGGAGCUAGGCAAUGGAUAUACCCGUCCAUACCGGUGGCACAUGGACACUCCCUUCUACCAGCGUUUGCCUGGCGAAGUCACCAUCCUUCACGCGGUUAAGGUGCCGAACCUGCCUGAUCAGAAACUCAAAUUUCCAGACGGGAAAGAAAAGAGCAUUGCUGCUGGAUCCACAGCCUUCUUCUCCGGGGCCCGGACAUUUCAAUUGCUGACCCCGGCUGAGCAAGAAUUUGCUCUUAACACGACUGUAACAUACGCUCCUCAAGCCUAUGAAUACAUCAGACAAUGCAAAGCGACGGAAGACGGAUUGUCGAUCCCAACAAUGGGGAAAGAGGUUCCCAUAGAGCAACUCUCUGAAUGGUCUUGGGAAAAUGUUGCUGAACAUCCCAUGGUCUGGCGCAACCCGUUGAACCCCGACCGACCAUUUCUCCAGGUUCAUGGUUGCUGCGUAUUCAAGCUGACAACUCGGGAUCCGGCGACGGGCGAAGUAUCAGUCGUAGAUGAUGUCGCCAAAGUCCGCGAGAUCGUCUACGGCUUCCAGAAGAGAAUCUGGGCGGCAGAGAAUAUCUACGCUCACCGGUGGGAGGAAGGUGAUGUCGUGAUCUUUCACAAUCGCGGCGUCAUGCACAGCAUCACAGGACAAUUGUCUCAGUAUAAGGAGGACGAGGAAAAGAAGAGACUGAUGUGGCAGUGUACGAUGACUAGUGGCACGGCGCCGCAGCCAUUCAGAAAACAGCCCGGGGUUGUUGAGACUGGGUUCGCCAAGGCGGCAUGA